UCAGCCCGAGAGAGAAACGCACAGACCAAUCAAUCGAGGCAGAAAGAGUCGAUCGGAUCUUGAAUUUAAACUGUGAAUCGAGUUGCUCCGCCGGCGACGGUCGUUGAAAUGACAAAUAGGCCGGAGAAAUCGGGGUUUUCCCUCACCUGCAGCCUCUUGAGCCACUACAUCAAGGAGAAAGGCUGCUUCGCUGAUUUGGGGAUCGGCAUGCCAUCUCGCGCUCUUGAUUCCUCUAAUUUAGGGAAAUCUGAAACCUACCACUCGCCGACGACCAUGAACUUGCUUCCUGGGGUUGACGGCUCCGGCAACGACUGCGAGGGCACGAAGAAGGAUUCGUUGUCAUUCAACGCUGAGAGAUCCAUGGAGGUCUUCCCUCAGCAAGUAGGUGUCAGUUUGAACUUGCCGCCUGCAGAGGCCAAGGAAUCGGAGAAAGCUCAGCUCACAAUAUUCUAUGGCGGCAAGGUGCGUGUGUUCGACAAUUUCCCGGCUGAGAAAGCCAAGGAUCUGAUUCAGAUUGCAAGCAAAGGGGAGAACUUUACUUCUGGAUCUGCAAAUGCCAUGGCUCCGUCUACACCGGCGACGGGUCUCCCUAGCCUCUCGGCGCCAGCCAACUUCCCCGCCAGAGCUCAGCCCAAUUUUUCUGAUCUCCCUAUUGCGAGGAAGGCAUCACUUCACCGCUUUCUGCAGAAGAGAAAGGAGAGGAUUAGUGCGCUGUCGCCUUAUCAACUGAGCGGCAGAACUGAUUCCAAGGAUGUUGCUACCAAGGAGGAGAUGAGCCAGAAGCUAACUUUGCUAGCUUUGUAACUAAUUAGACAGCUGAGAAGCUUUUGUAGUUUGGCUUUCUCAAACUAUCUACUGUUCUUAUCAGAAUAUUGUAAUUUUGUUUAUUGAUUUGGAUUUUGGAACAUCAUCGUUUAGAGGAAGCCGUCUCAGGGGUGUUUGGCUGCACGUAAAUCCGGAUUUAAGAUGAAUCAAAAUCAAAAUUUCGACCCUUAAUCCGAGAUUUCUUAAAUUCAUGGAACUUGCAUAUUUUAUAUUUUUGGCCGGAUUUGUUAAUCCGGCAAUAAAUUCGGUUAAUAGUGCUACCAAACACUCUCUUACGGUUCCAUAUUCCCUUUGUUUUCUUCAUGUGGUGGUGCGUCUUCCUCUCAUUUUCUUGUGCUCCGGUUGUUUUUUUGUGAUGCUUGUACUCUUUUGGUUACUUGUCCAAAGGUUGCAUCCUAAUCCUUUGGUAAUUUUAAUAA